UUCUGUUUCUGUAGCAUGCAGCAUACUAAAAACAGCCGUUCUUUCCAGUGUUUGCAAAUUUCUUUGAAUGCUCCUCUUUAUUUCAAGGAUCUGACAACAUCGCCACGACUCAACCGAGCUCUCUCUCAAAGCACGACACUGCCGAGCACCUCGAAUAGCAUAGCCGGAUCGAAUAACUACCAUCGGAACUCGUUAGAACGCGAAGGCAGAAAUAGUCCGGUCGCUGUGUUGGGAUUGAAUGGACUGAAAAACAUUGGCAACACAUGUUUUAUGAACUCAGUGAUACAGUGCCUAUCGAAUACUAGACUAUUACUCGAAUAUGUCAAAAACGACGGUUACUCGUCCGACAUUAAUACGAGCAUCUCAAGUAUGAAAGGGGCGUUAAUUAAAGCAUUCUCGCAAGUGAUCAAGGAGCUGUGGUCGGACGAAGCAUCGGAUCGCGUGGUCAACACCUUGACGUUGAAAUCGCAAAUUCAAAGGUUCGCGCCGAGGUUCAUGGGGUACUCGCAGCAGGACGCGCAGGAGUUCCUGCGCUACCUUCUCGAGGGUCUACACGAGGACGUUAACCGCGUGACGACGAAACCCGCGCCGAUCCUUACUGAGAUCGACGAGAAGCUGAGCGACGGAGAGAAGGCGUACGAAUCGUGGCAGCGCUAUCUCCGAAUGGACAAUUCGAAGGUCGUCGACAUCUUCGUCGGUCAGCUGAAGUCGACCCUGAAGUGCACGCACUGCGGCCACUGCUCCGUGACGUUCGAUCCCUUCUGGGACCUGUCCCUUUCGAUACCGCAGCGACCUUCCGGCUCGUUGCGCCUCCAGCAGUGCCUCGAUCACUUCACCAGGGAGGAGACGCUCGACGGCGACGAAAAGCCUACCUGCUCGAAGUGCAAGGAGAGGAGGAAGUGCACCAAAUCGUUCACAAUUCAGAAGUUUCCGAAGAUUUUGGUUAUACAUCUCAAACGGUUCUCGCCGACGGAACGGUUUCGUGGAAAACUAUCGAGCACAAUUGAUUUCCCCCUCGAGAAUCUCGACCUACGAAACUACGCCGCCGACAACAGCCCGUCGGAGUGCCGAUACAACUUGUACGCGAUCUCCAACCACAGCGGCACCACCUACAGCGGUCACUACACGGCGUACUGCCGCCACCCGUACUCGCAAACUUGGCACGAAUAUAACGAUUCGAGGGUCUCGAGCAUCUCGCCGAAGAUGUUGGUGAGCGGGGAAGCGUAUGUGCUAUUUUACGAGUUGGACAGUCAGAAGUCACGGCUAUAAGUAGAAAAUCACCAUAGAUCUUAUACACCUUAACCCCCCCCCCCCUUUUUUUUUAAUUAUUGAUGAUUGUUUCCCCCGUUUUUACAUUGCGAAAAGUCAACCCCUAAUUUAUUAUUGUAAAGAAAUUUUGAGUAUAUAUUUUAUGUGAUGGUCGCUAAUUAAAAGUAAAACAUUUUAAGUCAAACUUCUCAUUCUAGUCUCGCUUUACUUUUAUUUGGCGAUUUAGCUCUUUAUUAUACUAAUUCGGGUGUAUUGUACUUAACUCUUUCUCUGUAUUUACUUGUAAUUUAGGACAGAGUGCGUAAAUGAUUAGGUUCUCACUUUACACACCGUAAUGUAUAUACAGAAUUUUAACGAGUAGGACGAGGAGGAGGCUUGUGUUAGUCGAAUUAUUCUAAAGAAUACUCCAGCUUUAUAAACAAUGUUGAGCACUUACUAAUUUAUUAAAUUGUUUGCAAAAA